UCGAAGGUGACGGCGUACGGGUCUUGUUGACUUGUUCAUGUUCUGCCUUAUCUCCGGCGGCUCGUUUGUACUUCUGCCGACACUGUAUUAAGCUGAGAUGUCCUCUGUGUGUUUCUCAUGAGGUGGAUUCGUAUUAUUGUCCGAACUGUCUGGAAAAUAUGCCUUCAGCAGAAGCGAAAGUUAAGAAGAACAGAUGUGCCAAUUGUUUUGACUGCCCAAGCUGUGGUAACACACUUUCAACACGAGCAACAGCAGUGGCCAUACAGGCUGAGAAGGGAGGUGAUGAUGCCAAAGCCAUGCAAGCUAAGAAAGUGUAUUACUUAGCCUGUGGCUUCUGUCGCUGGUCAUCCAGAGAUGUUGGCAUUGAAGAUAAAAGUGUUGCAAGUGGUGCGUGGCAAGAACAGGAGAGUCCUGCUACUAAAAGGGUUAAUGUCCUGGUGGAAUAUUAUAGACAACUUGCGCAGAAAGAGAAAGUGGAAAGGGAGAAAAAGAAAUUGACCAAACGACGUAAUUUCAUGCAUUUAUCGGAUAAGUUUGGCUUGUCAUCACUAACAAGACGCAAAAGCAGCCUUUCCUAUCUUACUGCUAGUUUCAGUCCAAAAGGGAAAGAUAUCAUGGAUGAAGAAGUUAAUUUAAAAAAUCCAAGUGAAGCUGUAGAAGAAGUGGAAACAUUACCAGAGGAAUUUUACAACAAGCCCUUAAUCCUUGAAAAAGUUCCAAAUCUGUCACAAAGACUUUGUCAGCCUGAUUUCCAGCCAGGAGCCAUUGGUGAUCUUCACCCUAGACACAAACACCUCCUGGCAAAGAGAUCGCAACGCUGCAGGGAAUGUGAACAUAACCUCAGCAAACCAGAGUUCAACCCAUCAUCAAUAAAAUUCAAGAUUCAGUUAGGAGCAGUGCAUUAUGUACCACUGUUGAAAAUUUCAAAUGUCCCAGUUCUGAAGUUUGGUAAG